AUGAAAACUUCAAAGGCAUCCCAGCGCUACAGAAGCAUCCGGAGAAACGCCAGUCAGUGCUACCUCUACCAGGACUCCCUGCUGCUUGGUAACUCGGAUGACAGCUUUAAUGCUGAUGAAACGGGGGACAGCAAUGAUCCGGAGCAAAUCUUCCAGAAUAUACAGUUCCAGAAAGAUCUCAUGGCCAACAUCCGUUGCAGACCCUGGACCAUGGGACAGAAGCUACGGGCGCUGAGACGAGCAAAAGAGAUUGUGCUGAAGUUUGAAGGGAGGUUGACUAGGACGCGAGGCUACCAAGCAGCCGGGGCAGAGCUCUGGCGGAAAUUCGCCCGUUUGGCCUGCAACUUUGUGGUCAUCUUCAUCCCCUGGGAAAUGAGGAUAAAGAAAAUUGAGAGUCACUUCGGAUCUGGUGUGGCCUCCUACUUCAUCUUCCUGAGGUGGUUAUUUGGAAUUAACAUAGUGCUCACAGUGAUGACAGGUGCUUUCGUUGUCAUUCCCGAGUUAAUCGCAGGCCAGCCCUUUGGAAGCACAGCCAGCAAGACCAUCCCCCAGGAGCAGGUCAUGUCUGCACAGGAUUUGGACACUGUCUGGUCCCUGGGGGGCUACCUUCAGUACUCCGUCCUGUUCUACGGGUACUAUGGAAGAGAGAGGAGGAUCGGGAGAGCCGGCUACCGCCUGCCCUUGGCAUAUUUCCUGGUGGGGAUGGCAGUGUUUGCCUACAGCUUCAUCAUCCUCUUAAAAAAAAUGGCUAAGAACUCACGCACAAGCCUGGCCAGUGCUUCCAAUGAAAACUACACCUUCUGCUGGAGGGUAUUUUGUGCCUGGGAUUACCUCAUUGGGAACCCAGAGGCUGCAGAGAGCAAAACAGCCGCCAUUGUGAACAGCAUUAGGGAGGCCAUAUUGGAAGAACAAGAAAAGAAAAAACACAAAAACAUGGCAGUGACUGUCUGCCUGAGGAUCAUUGCCAACAUCCUGGUGCUCCUCUCGCUGGCUGGGAGCAUCUAUCUCAUCUACUUUGUGGUGGACCGGUCCCAGAAGCUGGAACAGUCGAAGAAGGAGCUGACACUUUGGGAAAAGAACGAGGUGAGUGUGGUGGUCUCCCUUGUCACCAUGAUAGCACCAUCUGCCUUUGACCUUAUUGCUGCCUUGGAGAUGUACCACCCCCGGACGACGCUGCGUUUCCAGUUAGCAAGGGUCCUGGUUCUGUAUCUAGGCAAUCUCUACAGCUUGAUCAUAGCCCUUCUGGACAAAGUGAACAGCAUGAACAUUGAGGAAGCGGCUACCAAAAACAUCACAAGCCAUUGGGCAGAUCCUUCCACCUUUUAUGCCACCAGAACGGUGCCUGAAGAAGCACAGUGGCCCACACCUGGGGAAGGAGUAGAGCUCAGAAGAAACGCCAGCACGUGGGUCUUGGAAGAGACAAGCAUUCUGACUACCAUCAUGCCCCACACAAAGGCCAACAAGACGGUGCCCUACGUGCAGAGCCCCCAAGGACAGUGCUGGGAGACAUACGUUGGCCAGGAGAUGCUGAAGCUGUCGGUCAUUGACAUGCUCUUUACGGUGGCCAGCAUCCUCCUCAUAGACUUCUUCCGAGGACUUUUCGUGCGCUACCUAAGCGACUAUUGGUGUUGGGACCUGGAAAGCAAGUUUCCUGAAUAUGGGGAAUUCAAGAUCGCGGAGAAUGUGCUGCACCUAGUCUACAAUCAAGGCAUGAUUUGGAUGGGGGCCUUCUUCUCUCCGUGUCUACCAGCCUUCAAUGUCCUCAAGCUCAUCGGGCUGAUGUACCUGAGGAGCUGGGCAGUGCUGACCUGCAAUGUCCCCCACCAGCAAGUGUUUCGAGCCUCCAGAUCCAACAACUUCUACCUGGCCAUGCUCCUGUUCAUGCUCUUCCUCUGCAUGCUGCCAACUAUCUUUGCCAUUGUCCACUACAAACCGUCUCUCAACUGUGGCCCCUUCAGUGGGCAAGAGAAGAUCUAUGACAUCGUGUCAGAGACGAUAGAGAAUGACUUCCCUGCAUGGUUUCACAUUGUGGUGGGACACAUCAGCAGCCCCGUGGUGAUACUCCCGGCAGUACUGCUUCUAUUCAUGCUCAUCUACUACCUUCAGAGCAUCGCCAGGUCCCUGAAACUCAGCAGCCAGCAGCUCAGGAUGCAGAUCCAAAACGCAAGAUCUGAAGACAAGAAAAAAGUUGCCCAGAUGGUAGAGGUACUACCUUCACCUAGUGAUGCCUGGCAGGCAGGCCUGGCUGCUGAAGCAGAUUCCAGAGAAAAGCUCCAAACUCGAAUCCAGACUCAUGAAGAAAGCACCAAGAGGCUUCUAAAGGAAGGUGACCUCAUCAGCCAGCUGUCCUCAGCAUACUUGGCAAUGCCCCAAAACAAUGGCACCAUGGUCAACUUUGACUCUCUGAGUAGCAAGAGCCUCAGGAUGGAGACGGUCACAAGGUCCCUGCCCCAGAGUCCUGGGCAAGGGUCCAGGGGCCCCUGCUCUCCUCUUCCAGGUGGAUCCAGAUCAAAGCCAGAGCAGGACUCCAGCAGGUACCCACAUGGGCCAUGUGCCAGCACAGGCAACCUCCACAAGAACAGAUCCUACACAUCCGUGAUACAGACACAGCCCCUCAAGGAUGUCCGUUCAGAGCCUCUUUCCCGGAAAGACUUUCAGCCAAUCAGACCUCGUUUCUGUGGGCCUGGAGUCUCUGCCUUGAUGACACAUGGCCACAGACCCCGUACUCCCAGAUACUAUGUUGUAAAUGAACGUGACUGUCACAGAAAGACCCACCCAACUUUCUGGCCAGAAAGGCAUUUCAAGAUAGAUGCCUUAGGUGACAUUGUGGAGCUGCACCCCAGGAACGUGCAGCAGUACAUGUCCUGGGCCCCCCACCAGCCUUGCUCACCACAGCUGAGUGAAGAAGAGGAGGAGAUGCUGAGGGCAGAUUUGGUCCAAUGGUCGAUCCCCCACGGCUCCCUGACAGACCUUCCUCAGGCUUCUCGUUUUUACACUGGCGACAGACCAGAAAGUGGGGCCAGAGACCCCGAGUACCAGCGAAGGAUGUACUACCGAUAUGGGGAUACUAGUUUUGAGGGGCAGCUUGAGGGGCCCACACUUGUACACAAAAAGCCACGACUCAGGAAUGUCCAUUACCCACAGCAUCCUCUGACGCCCAGAGUCAAAGCCAAGUUCGAACCAUCCUUAACAGAAUCUGAUUCCGUGUCAGCGGCAUCCAGCAGUGACCAGCAGAACAGCAACAAUGACCAGUACCUGCAGGUCAUGUCCAGCCAAAGCAGAUUCCCAAGGUCUGCCAGCCAGCUGGGCAGGAGGAAGGCCAAGUCCAGGCAGGCACUGCCCACGGAUCUAAAUGACCUAAUUUGUUCGAAUGUCUAG